AUGAGUGCCACUCAAGGCAAGCCCUCGUUCGCUCCUCGUGCUGGCAUGCCGGCGUUCGGCGCGUUCGGCGCACAGCAACCUUCUGCCUCAAUUCUUUUCGAAAAGUCCAACCCCGGCGUACGUCGGUCGACUCCAGACUCCGAGGCCCUUGCUUCAUCUGAUGACGAGGUCGAUCAGAGUAGAGCGGCAGCACAAGCUAACAGAACACACAAGCCAGCUCGCCGAACCUCUUGGCUGAACGACGUUCCGACCGCUACAGCAACACUCAACCGCAAAGCGUCAGGCACCAUGCCAUACAGUCCAACUGCGUCAAAUCCGGGAACACCAUCCAGUGAACAGCCAAUGUGGAACGCUAUGGGCAAUUCAGCUGCCUCUGCCUGGAAUGGUAGCAGCGGUGCAACACCCUGGGGCAGUAUCUGGUCAAGUCAAGAUGCGCGCAAAGAACCCUCACGCCUCCAGGAAGUCAUGUCGAAUACAAAUGAAGGGGGCAUCCCUUUUUCUAUUCCUCUUCAACCAACCCCCAAAACCUACCGCUCGCAGUCCUACUCUGUCGGUCAACUUGAGUUAGCUUCAGCCCCUCCUACCAGUUCGCCAAACGAACCUGGUAGAUACCGCAUGGGGGGACAAUACCCAUCUCUGCAACGCCGCACAUCUCGCACUGCAGGACUAGGGGUCGUUGACGCUACAGGUCUCGAUCGUUUGCACGAGGAGGAAGGUGACGAAGAUUACCAAACCACUACGACCAUGUCCAGUUCGCAAGCACGGCGGAUCGAACGACUAGAGAAGGAGAAUGCUCAGCUCCGAGCUGCCCAAGUUGGAAGCCGAACUUUUUCCACCAGCGCUCUGAGCAAUCCACCCACCAGCUCUACUUUUAGAUCUUUCCGCACUCAAAGCUCGCUGCCAGAGGAGUAUGAUGACGCAGUCGAUGAUCAAGAGAGUAUGUCUGGCUCGGGACUCAUGCAGCGCCGUGAUAAUACCAUGCGCCGCAUGAGCGAACAAGCUCUCAACCCAUAUGAGCGACAGAGCGCGACAGACUUUGACGCCAAUCGCAAUAAUGCAAAAUGGUCAACCUCUCUUGGUUUCGGCAGCAUACCCGAACUCCCUCAGAGUCGCCGGCACUCAAUGGCAGAUGUUCCCACACGUCAUCCGUCCCUAGGAUCCCAAGGUAUGAUAGGCCCCAUGCGUCGCCACCCUUAUGGUACCCCCAAAUUGAGUGCACGAACUCACUACCCAGAUCACGAAGAACCCGCCGAAUACUUCAAACAGAUCCACUUGGAAAACUCCCAAGGAGACGAUCGUACGUAUUUCGCUUCUGAUUAUCCGCAGGGUCUACCUCAAAUACUUAUUCAUAUGGCAGCUGCCUACUUCACCGUCAACGAGUCCACGAGACGAGCCGCCGAGGAGCAUGUUCAAUCAUUCACCACCGCAAGCCCUUAUGCCAUGCACUACAUGCCCCAUUCUGCACAGCCUCUGCAUAUCGUCAAUUUCAAAUGCUGUCGUUCCGACGUCUACUACGUCCAGGAAGGCAGUGGCCUAGAUGUUCGUGUCGGAGACCUCGUCAUCGUCGACGCCGACCGAGGCAUCGACUUGGGAACUGUACAGCACACCAACGUGACUUGGGAAGAAGCACGACGCUACAAAGAACACUACGCGGAGGAGCACUACAAGUGGCUGAUGAUGUUUUCCAAGCAGAGUCGAAAUGGCGGCCCAAACGUUGUGAAUCCCAACGGUCUACCUACAAAGCAGGGCAGUGCUGUUGGCGGCAUGGGACCUCCCAAUCAUCACAAUGCCCACGAUGCAUCCCAUGGCGACCUCAAACCUCGUUUGAUCAAACGCCUCGCGGCUAACCACGAGAUCAUGACUCUCAAAGAGAAGGAAGGCAAUGAAGCCAAGGCUAAACGAGUGUGUCAGCAUAAGGUCGCGGAGCAUCGGCUCAACAUGGAGAUCCUCGAUGCCGAAUUCCAGCUGGAUUCAAAGAAGCUCACAUUCUAUUACUUUGCCGAUUCAUACAUUAACUUCAAUUCCCUGGUCACAGAUCUCUUCAAAGUCUACAAGACUAGAAUCUGGAUGUCUGCAAUCAAUCCUGCUUCGUUCCAGACCCCAACUGCGUCUCUUGGUCUUGUUCCGGCUCCUGCUGGGCAGUCAUUCGGUGCCAAUGAAGGUGCAAACGGUCGCCAGCGCCCCUACGGCGGUAGACAGCAGCCAGACCCUAUGGCCUUCAACAACCCCUACGAGCCUGAACCGGGCAUGCGUGGAAGCUAUAUUGCGCCUCCCUUCCCCGGGUUUCCUCCGGGAAUUCAGCCAGGCCAGGCUCCGGGCCUUGCCCCUGGCAUGGGUCCCUUUGGCGGUAACAUGCCUGGGGACCCAUUUGGCGACUACUACCAGCCCUCGUACAACCUACUCAACCCAAAUGCCCCCAAUUUUGCCAGUGGGCGACCUGGCAUGGGCUCUCGGGCCUCGAAUCAAUCACCGACCAACGAAUGGGCUGGUCGGUUCCAGGGCUUGUCCCUCGGAUCCUAG